AUGCGGUCGAGAGGCCUCGAUGGACGAUUUGAACUCGUCGUCGACACCACGUCGUCCGCGCACGGUGAGACGUGCGCGUUGGAGACGUCGAGGGAGGACGGGGGACGGUUGACGGCGACGAGCGGGCGGGACGCGCGCGGGAGGUGCUGGGAUGUGGAUUGGUACGGCGACGCGCGGGCGAACGCGUCGAGCGGGUCGCACCUGAGUUCAAUGCAGACGUGGGUGCGAACGAAUCAGUGGAACCACGGGGCGAGGGCGCUGCUGCGAGUGAAGACGCUGGCGACCGGGUUGGACGCAUCGAGGGCGGUGCGCGAGUACGGAGCGAGGUUUGAGGAGAGUGGGGCGCGAGAGCGGAGAGCGCAGAGGGCGCCGAAGAAGAACCGAGCGCCGCCGGCCGAGGACGGUCGAGCGUUCGAUCACGCGCCAAAGUGCGCGACGAGCGUGUACGCGAUGACGGUGUUGGAUGGUGGAAAGAUUGGGGCGCGUGUGUUCGUCGAUGAGUCGACCAAAAAACCGUGGCGGGCGGAGUUUUACCAUCAGCGCGGCGUGGAGACGUGGACGUUUGAGGAAUGGGACGACGUCAAAUUAGACGACGGUACGGUCGCGUCAACCCCGAGCGUGGCUCGACGAAAGAAUUCAGAGGGUCAAAUAACGGUGUAUCUUUCGGAGACGACGACGGCGACGACUGAUGGCGAUGCGUCGUUCGCGAUGCCGGCUUCGACGUCGACAUCCGAGAGAUCGUGGAGCAGCAAAUCGAGCACCUUGUCGGCGGUUCGUGGCGACGGUGGACACGUACUCGUAAAAGCCACGCUCGAGUCUGGUGACGAGGGAUGGUUCGUUCUCGACACAGCGUCGACCGGGCUCGUCAUCGCGCCUUGGGCGGCGGACUCGUGUUCGAUGCCAUCGUUCGGCUCGAUGGCCGUCGCGAGCAUAGCCGCCCCUCUUGAGGGCGCUCUGCGGCGCGGUCGCGAGAUUUCGAUCGGAUCGUUUCGAAUGAUGUCCCCGAUUUUCAUGGAACAAAACUUGGACGGCGCACUUCGCGUCCCCGACGGCCAAAGACUCACUGGGGUUCUCGGUGUGCCCGCUUUGGCGCACUCAAUAGUGUGCUUGCACGCCCCGAUGCGCGUGCCAGGAAGUCGAGACGCUCCUAAGCUCACCGUGGAGUUCCAUGACCCGGAAUCGUACGUCCCGAGCGGUGAAAUCGAGCGCGCGUGGCAGGACGUCACGUUCAUCGACGGUGUACCGCACGUUCAACUGGCAUACACGGUCGCUAACGACGGAUUCAAGGGUGUGACGGCAAUGACUGACGAGCGCGUAGGAUUGUUCAAGCUUUCUCUCGGCACCGGCGGUACCGGUGCCGUGCUCUCGGCUCGAGUCGCCAAGGAGGCCGAACUCGCUGAGCGUACAAAGGCGCUGCAACCGGGUGGGGUGAUGAGCGGUCCCGGUGAGUCCGCUGGCCGCCUCCAACGCGUCGGCGACGAAAUCGUCACGGGUCGCAUGGAGACCAUACGGUUCAAAGGCUUCGAGUUCAAGAACGUUCGCGCCGUCGUGCACCUCGAUGGUGAUCCCCCGGACGCAGAUAUCUCACCCCACGCCGACGGCGCCGUGUGCGUCGAUCUCUUUCGCGGAUGCGAGCUCGUGUUGGAUUUGAGGAACGCGCAGCCUCGCGUCGCCGUAGUUCCGCCGUAG